CACUGAGCCCGAUCGAAGCACCCACGGGAAUGCGUGGUGCCCGGUGUGGGCGCAGUACAAGUUGAAGCAUUGACAACUACAGGGUAAGCCAGCCGUGGGGUCCAAGGAAUCGCGACGUCAUCUGGCUGCCCAGCACCACAAACAGGAACUGCAUCUGCGGACAGCCACAUCGCCCGACGUCUCUGACCCCGUCGCAGAAGGAUCGUCGCGAGACGCCUGCGAACAUAGGUCUCUUCCGCUUCGCGCAGCCCUUCUUCCUUCGGACGCCACUUGAGAGAGACCCCAAAGCCCACCGCCAGCCGAGGCGCACUCGCCGACACCCCGUCGCAAUGCCCGACUACCUGGGCACCCCCCUCUAUGGCGGCGCAAUGGUUUGCGACCUGCCAGCAAAGUUCGCCGACGUCAGCAAGCUGCGCCAGGUCCCUGACAAUCAGGAGGUCUGGAUUGAUAAGGACGGCUUCACGAGCAUCAUAUUCGACAUCACCGAACGUGUCGGCGGCCCUGGCUCCGGCCCCGAGAUUGACGGACGUGCCAUGACGACGCACCUUGAGGACAUGGUUGGCUCCGAUAUCGACACGGUCAAGAUAUGGAACACGGCUGAGACCGAGUUCACUCGCCUCGAGUCUAAACCACCGGCAUACACACUCAUCGCGACACAGACACCUAAAGUCGGCCAGUCGCGCGACCAGACUUCAGCGCCCGACUUUACCGCCAUCAUCAUGACCCUGCUUCGUCUUGAGCGCUACCAGACCGACAUACUCAUCACCAUAAACGUUCCGCAUAUCAAGGGCGAGUAUGACGAGGAAGAUGUUGACCUCGAGCUUGGAAAGCAAGGGAAACUCAUCGGAGACGCUGUGGAGUACUCCGCUCGGAUCUGGGGGACGCUCAAAAUCAAGGACUGGGGCCUGUUUGGGGAGCAUUGAGGCUUCGGGGGUUGAUCAGCUAGUGAGGUCGCGACCCAUGGGCCUGGGCGCGAUUCGGUCGUGAUUGGGCACGAACACCACCAUGCGACGGAGGCUCGACUUUGAGGAAGCUGCAAUAAGUGAGGCCAGUCACUCUCAAGCACCCUGCCCCGCAGGCAACAGGAUAUCUCUGCUGGCAGGCCGGCCGUGAUUGACGGUGGCAUAACGACUUGGGAUCACCAUGGCCAGCACUUUCAUGAAUGUGAGGAGUUGCUCAAGUAGAGCGCCAUCCACCCUUUUCGGGCUUGUGUUAGACUCUUUAUCUCUCAAACAAGGCACCGUGGACGCCCUCGGCCAUUACUAUAGCGACAAAACGAAUCGUGCACCGAGAUUCCCAAGCAACGCCGGCCAAUGCAUCAUGCUUAGCGAGUCAAGGUAUUUGCCCGCGCCUGAUGGAGUGAAUGGCAGGGACAGAUAACA